CUUGAGGGACACAGUCGGAGGAAAUAUUCCCAAGCGUUUCCAAUAGACGAACUCAACAUGAAGGUCUCCAGUGUGGCAGUCCCUGUCCUUAGCAUUCUGCCCGAGGCCAGCCUCGGGCUUGGUUCUACGCAAGUUUGUUGCGCCGCUCUGCAAGCGACCUCCCUGCGUAACCAAGUCCUUUAUCCUAGCAGCACGGCAUACAAUGAGUCCGUGUCGUCUUACUUUGCGGUCAAUGUUCAGCUCGAUCCUACGUGUAUUGUCCAGCCGCACACAACGGAGGAUGUCUCGCUCAUUGUCUCGACUCUGACCCAAACCGGCGAAACACAAUGCCCAUUUGCUGUGCGCAGUGGUGGCCAUACCACCUGGCCUGGUGCAGCAGAUAUCGGGCAGGGCGUUACCAUUGAUCUGUCCAUGAUGAACAGCACCACAUACCACAAGGAUAAAGGCGUUGCAUCUAUCCAGCCGGGGUCGCGCUGGCAGGCGGUCUACAAGGCUCUUGAUCCUUAUGGAGUCACUGUGCCUGGCGGACGCGGUGGACCAGUUGGCGUGGGUGGGUUCCUGAUUGGAGGUGGAAACACCUUCUACACCGCACGUGUAGGCUUCGCUUGUGACAACGUCGAGAACUUUGAAGUCGUUCGCGCUAGCGGAUCGAUCGUCAAUGUCAACCGGACUAGCCAUCCUGAUCUGUACAAGGCGUUGAAGGGUGGAUCGAUCAACUUUGGAGUCGUCACAAAGUAUGACCUCAAGACGUUGCCUCAUGAUAUGCUUUGGGGUGGACUGGUCGUCUAUGAUAAUUCGACCACCGAACGACAGCUCUCAGCCGCAGUAAACUUUACCAACAACAUCCACAAUGACCCCUACGCAUCCUGGAUCGGGAUGUGGGAGUACAGCUCAACGACGGGGCAGAACAUCAUUGCGGAUGCCCUGGAAUAUACCAAACCUGUUGCCUUUGCCCCUGCAUUCCAUGAAUUUACGAGUAUUCCAAACACCACUGACACGAUGCGGUUUGCUACUAUUUACAACCUGACGCAGGAGCUGGUUCAGGCGGCGGGAUACCGCUCACAACUCAGGGAUAUCUUCACAACCGGUACCUACAAGAACGACAUCAAAGUCCUUCGCAAGGCGAUCGACCUUCACAACAACAACAUCGAAAAGGCCAAGGCCCAUGUCAAGAGUGACUACUGGGCGAUGGAUGUUAUCAUUCAGCCUUGGCCUAAGCUUUUCGCUCAGCACAGCGUGGAGAAGGGUGGCAAUGUUCUGGGCUUGGAGCGAUUUGAUGAGAACCUGAUCCAAAUACUAUUCGACUACGCUUGGGACGAUGCAAGGGACGACGAUCUUUUCAUCGGUCUUGGCCAGUCGAUCCUGGAGGAGGUUGACGAGUACGCCAAGUCCAUUGGGGCGCACAAUGAGUACAUCUACCUCAAUUACGCCGACAAGUCGCAAAACCCUCUCAAGGGUUAUGGCGAGGAGAAUGUCGAAUUCAUCUCCCGCGUGGCCAAGAAGUAUGAUCCAGACGGAGUGUUCCAGGUACAGGUUCCCGGUGGCUUCAAGAUCAGCCAGGUUUAA